AAAGUCAAAAAUGUCAAAACAAAUUAAAUCAACAAACUGACGUGUACUUUGCAUAUUAUUUUUACAAAUGAAUUAGUAUUUUGAUAAAUAAAUUUGAUAACAUUGAAAAUGUCUGAGUCAGAAAGACUGGUACAAAAUGAAGCUGGACCGUCUGAGGGCACAGAAAGGGGUGAAGGCGAUGCGCCACCAGCUGCAUCUGUAUCUGAACGGGACGCAUACUUUCAAGCCCUUCGAUUAUGGAUCCAGCAAGCACAAAUGUAUCAGAACCUAUCCACUUGUUUUCCGUACUAUAUGAUGUCGUUUCAAGGCUUACAAAAUAACGCUACAAAUGUACCGCUUUUGAAUAACAACUAUCAGUUUCAAAUGCCCUUUCAAGUUCCCAAUGCACCUCGGAAUGCUCCAGAAACACAGCCGCAGCCAGAAACACUCACUCCUGCUGAAGUGAUAGCUCGCCAUGGUGGAUAUGAGUAUGUAAUACCACCACUACACAAGCGCCUCGUUGCUGAAUUCAUUGACUUCAUGCUCUUGUUUAUUGUAAAACUAAUUGUGACCUUUAUGGCAGUGGAUAUGUUUGAAUUGAUUGACCUUGACAAGUUUGAUUUCUACAAGUUUAGCGAACACUAUGAUGACUACAAGUAUGCAAUGGAGUUGACUUCUGAGAUACUGUUUCUUGAAGUCAUUUACAGAAUUUUGGUUUGCAUAUUUGAGGCUUUCUGCUUGUCCAGUAGUGUGGGACGAACAGGCGGCGCGACUCCGGGCAAGGCGUUACUUGGCAUCCGCGUAGUGACGGCGUCUGCCGUCAUACCUGUGGAGGGGCGACCCAGGGAGACUGUUCUUCUGUACCCUGGCCGAACACUUACCUUCACAGUGGCACUGAUCAGGUCACUAAUGAAAAACUUCCUUAUUUCCCUACUAUUUCCUCUCUGUGUGGUCCUCUUUGUGUUUCGGCACAACCGCACCGGAUAUGAUUUACUCUGUGGAGUUAUCGUCGUUGAAGAAAACAUGUACCCGCCAAGACGUCAUGCUCCAUGAGUUUGUACAAUUUUAAUUUAUGAAGAAAAUAUUUUGAAAAGGACAAUGUUGUCGAUUUGUGUGGUAUGGUGAUAGCUGAAUUCCUAAUUUAUUUGUAGGUUUCCUCGAUCAUUUUCUGUUUGGUACAUCUAUCUAAAUAUCUGUGAUUUAACUUUCCGAGAAACUUAUUUACACAAAUAAAAACCCACAGCCGAAAUGUUGGGUCUUCAAGUUUUACUUUCAUUAUUAUGUUUUCAUUGUUUUUAUUUUUUACCUAAUUUAAGUUUUUUUUUAUUAGCCACUGUUAACGGAAAUAUGACAAUAGGUAGCAUUUAUACAUCAGGAUAUUUUUAAAUAUUGGCUGUAAUAUUUGAUCACUUGCCAAAUCAAAAUUCCUAUGAUAAAAAUCACCAAAGAAUCGGAACUAUUAGCUUAUAACAACAAUGAGAAGUAGUUUGUUUGUGUGCUCAUACAGUGCAUCAUAGUAAUGAUAAUCUUGACAAUGGCGAUUAUAGAUUUACAUAUUUAUUUUUACAAAUCACAACAUAUAAUGUGAUAGGAAAUGUGCUGCCCGAUUUGUUGAGCUAGUAGGGAUGACAUUAUUCUUCAUUGUAAAUCUUCUUAUCUUUUAUAAGUAGUACACUGGAAAGAUAUGAAUUUCAAACUUGUUACAAACAUUAUAUUUGUUCAAUACUUUUGUUUUUCUUAUUUCUUUCUAUUUUAGCAUUUUCGUGGAAGACACUUUUCAGAUCGGACAGUAUUUUUGUAUUUGCAUUAGGCAUAGAAAUAUUUUAUUUUUUAUGAAUGGAAUGUUUAUCCUAGUAAGUUUAGAAAUUACGUUUGAUAUGCACAGUUUGGCAGUUCAUUCAUUGUUUGCUGUGUCAUUUAUUGUAAGUGUUUAAAUAUUGGGAAUUUUAUUUUUGUUUAAAAGGAUAUAUGAACUACUUAUAAUAAAAGGGAUAAAUGUGUGGGGUUCUGUUAAAUUUUUAAAUAGUGACAUUAUCUGUACAAUGAUAUAAUAUACUUUAAAACAAUAACUAUUGUUUUAAAUUUUGAAUUAAUUUAAAAUACAAAGGUUUUCUUAAAUUAAUCCUCUUUGGUUUUUAAUUAGAAGGCCCAGACUAAUGUUAGUAACUGCAUGUAUCAUUAAGUGAAACAAAAUUUAUAGUACACUACAUUGUUUGCAUUAUAAUCGUGAAUAGUUUUUUUUUUUCAGUUUAGUGUAAGUACUAAGUACCUAAUACUGGUUUAAAUACUGAGUUAUAAAAUUGUGAUAUUUAUUUUUGUGCAUUGUAUUAUAUUGUAAAUAUUAAAAUAAAAAGUAAAAAUUCUAAAAA